AUGGCUGUGUGUGCCAGGCUCUGCGGAGUGGGUCAGUCGCGGAGGUGCAGGCGGCGACAGCGGCAUAAUCAACAGGACCAGGGAAGCGACUCCGACAUGGACGAUGAGGAAGGGGUGCGGAUUGUGGGCAAGACACAAGCCGUCACUGGCGGCCCCGAAAACCCCUCGACCGCGGCAGGGCCGAGUUUGGCCCACGAAGCCACUGCUGAAUGUGGUCGUGCAAAUGUCAGACUUUCGUAUGGGCAAAGUGCAAGCACCGGACCACCGAACCCGCAGUCCCUGUUGGAUCUGCCCCCAGAGCUUUUGGUGGGAAUAUUCUCCUCGCUGCCGGGCACAGAGCUUCCAAACCUUGCGCUCGUCUGCAAGACAUUCAGGCAAAUCCUCAGCACGGAAACCAUCUGGAGAAGGCGAUGCACGGAGGAGUUUGGCAUGAGGGAAGACCUGCGCAAGAUAGAAGUGGUGGGUGUGUCCAGUCGGGAGCUCUAUGCCAAACUGCUGCACCCAUACAGACACAUCCUGGGUCUUUGGCAGCCUGACAUAGGGCCGUACGGAGGGCUGCUCAACGUGGUGGUUGAUGGGCUAUUCAUCCUUGGCUGGAUGUAUCUGCCCCCUCACGACCCUCGGGUCGAGGAUCCCAUGAGGCGGCGGCCACUCUUCCGCAUCCACAUGUUGGAGAGCAACAAGGCAGCAGUGGAGUGUAUGUAUGGACACAAGGGCCCUCACAAGGGGGACGUCCAAACUGGGAAGAAGGAUGAGUUCUCGACCAAGUGCAACCAGACAGACCAUCACCGCAUGCCAGGGGGGAGGCAGGAGGAGUUUCGGACGUGGCUUGAGGAGGAGUGGGGGAGGACACUGGAGGACAUCUUCCAUGAGCACAUGCAGGAGCUCAUACUCAUGAAGUUCAUCUACACAAGCCAAUAUGAUAACUGCCUGACGUACCGGCGGAUCUACCUCCCUCCACGACUGCCCUCUGAUCUGUUGCAGCCGGGCCUGUUCAAAGGCACCUACGGCAGCCACGGCCUGGAGAUCAUCAUGCUCAGCUUCCAUGGGCCUCGCGCCAGGGCCACCAAGCUCACCGGGGAUCCCAACGUUCCAGCAGGCCAGCUAACGCUCGAUGUGGACCUGAAUCGGCCUGUGCACCUUCCGGACCUCGAGCACCAGCGCAGCGUGGAGGAGCUGUCUCGCCUGGUGCUGGGGGUACAUGAGGAGGCGCAGCAGGAGGCACAGAGCCCAGAUGUGGCCCCCCAGGGGGUUGCUGUUGUAGAGGGGGCUGUGGCCCCCCAGGGGGUUGCUGUUGGAGAGGGGGCUGUGGCCCCUCAGAGGGCUGCUGCUGCAAAGGGGGCUGUGGAUGGUGGCGGGGCAGAGGGUCUGGAGUUGGCUAUGGAAGCCCAAUCAGAGAGCUGCCAGCCUGGGCCCAGCAGCAGCAGUGCUCCCUCGGAGGCCCAGCCCUUUGUCCUGCCUCUGGGGGUCAUGGCCCGCAACGAGGUGUACCCUCGUACUUGCAAGAUGUGUUUCUACGGGACAGGCCUGAUUGCCGGCCACGGCUUCACAAGCCCGGAGCGCACGCCUGGCCUCUUUAUCCUGUUUGACGAGGACCGCUUCGGCUUCAUCUGGCUGGAGCUCAAGUCGUUCAGCCUAUACAGCCGCCUGACCGACCAGCUGGCCCACGCCUAUGCCCCCAACAUGGAGCUCUUUGAGGCUAUGCUGCGCAACAUGCAGUCCUGGACAUCUUGAUGGGGAAGAUCCACACGUCUCAUACAAACAUGUUUACUUAGGCCCCUACACACACCCCGAUGUGUUGACUGCACCUGGAAUACCUCUAGGCCCCUAGUUUGUAAACUAUAAGUAAUUCCCAUAGUUUUUUCCUGAUUAGGUCAUGUGGUCAGGAAAAACUCUUGGCCCUAAUUAUCACUGUUAUGUAUGUAUAUUUUCCCUCUAUAGACCCUGAAAACACAACACGAUAUUUACCCUCACCUAUCCCUGUAGAAUCACUACUGUAUGCACACACAGCUUUACAACCCAAACACCUCGACACCGUCCCACAGAUUUCUGGGCCUGGACAGAAACAACCUUUAGCCCCCUACCCCUUAGGCACCUAAAAGUCCCCCUAGCCUAUCGGAGGGACAUGUGGAGAUAGUACCAUAUCGCUUAUUAUCUAAUCGUCUCUCCCUGUCCAAUGUUUCCCCUCCUCUUACCUCCACUUGACCUCAGUAUCUCUACUGCUGAGGCAUGUCCACAGGUCAUAUGAUAUGACACUAAGGCUGCGUUUACACAGGCAGCCCUAUUCUGAUAUUUUUUUCCACUAAUUCGUCUUUUGAGCAAUUUGAUCUUUUCACAUCAGAUCUUUUUCACAGCUGAAAUGACGGGUCAAAAUACCAAUUAGUAGCUGCCUGUGUAAACCCAGCCAAAGGCUUCCUCAAAAGCUUCUUAUUUAUUUUUAAACCAAAGAAGAGGAUUUGUUGACGUUUCAUCCCACAAACUCUGGAACAAAGUAUCCGUGCCUCUAUGACUGCAUUUUUAGCCAAAUUCUUUUGCUUUUUUUCACUCAUUGAUCUUUGGACCACUCAGAUCAGCUUUGAAAAAGAUCUGAUGUGAUUUGUCAAAAGACCAAUUAUUGAAAACAAAAUCAGAAUUGGGCUCCCUGUGUAAAUGCAGCCCAUGAGUUCUAACUAUAUACCAUGUCUGCAUUGCCUAGGGAUUUCCUAUUCAUUCUACUAAAGCUAUUAUUGUGUAAGUAUUUGAAUGCCUCAUGUUUGGAUGCAUGCAGCAUUUAAUUUGUUUAAUGCCACCUGUCUCUAAUUAUCUUAUUCACAAUCCGAUUAAACACUUUUGGUUUGCUGUAUAUUGCUUAUAGUUUGGUGCACAGAUGGCAUUAUGGAAUUGGAAAAGACUGCAUCUCAGGCACUUUCACUCUUUUUGUGACUCGGUCAAGGAAAUGAUACUGUAACUAUGUUAAUAUUACACAAAUGGGGCAUGUGCAUAUCAGAAAUUAUUACGUUUUAUUUGCAAAUACUUCUGAUGGAUAGUAUGUAGUAAAAUGGAAAUGUUGAAUGAAUGGAGAUUUGAAAAUUGUGUGUUUGGUACAAGCUUAUGCUGUACUGUAGCUGUAUCAGCCAUUCUUAGUUGGACUGAUAGCAUUGUCUUUUGGAUGCUUUUAAUAACAGGGUGUUAUAAAGAUAUUGCAACAUCCUCAAUAAUAAUGACCGUUUGCAAAACAUUGCACAACACAAAAUGUAAUUCAAGGUACUCUCAUACUUUACAUUAUUUACAUUGUGAAAAAUGUGUGUUUGUCUCGCAUUAACCAACAGUGGUGCCCAGGGGGUCUCCUAUUGCAAGUGAACUUUUCUAGGCAGGUCAGUGGAUGGUUGUCUCUCAACUCUUCUAUGGGUCCCUUUCCUUGACUCCUUUCCUUCAUGACCACAAAUGGACCAGGAGUGUUUUUCCACCAUAUGGCUUUCACCAGUCUUUUCCUGUCACCUGACAUGUCAGUGAUCAUGGAGGGCAGGACAUAAGGAAAAUAAGCUAGUGGGCAGUAUUGAGAUAGUGACUAUCUCAUGGAAGGCUUCAUUCAAAGCAGUACUUUUGUAUUAGACUACAGCUUUACUAACAUUAGCAAAAAACUAACUCUAUAGAGCGUAAAUAAGUAAUAUAUAUUAAUGAAAGGAAACUAUUUAAUAAGUAUGUUUUGAUAUUUUUAUUUUUGGGACUAGACAUUUUUUAAUCAUUGCUUGUUGAUUUGUGUUUUGUAAGCACAUCACUCAUCUGUUUGUAACUAAUGCUUCUGUACACCGCUGUUUAAAUGAAUGGGGUGAGACGUCAAUUUGUAAAUUGAGUCUUGCGCUUUAUAAAUUGCCAAUCCCAGUGGCACGACUCCGCUGGAAACUGUUUGACCUGGUGAACUGCUCUUAAUCUGAUUUCAGGGAGCUUUGCAGCCUACAUGCUCUUUCUCUUCUCAAUAAAAGAAACAACACAU